GGCGUACUCCCUCGUCGACUCCAGCCAGGUGUCCACUUUCCUCAUCUCCAUCCUCCUCAUUGUCUAUGGCAGCUUCAGGUGAGUCUAUCCUGUCCAACCCGCUUACAUCACAGAUAGGCCAACACUUUUCACUAUGGGUCUCAUCUUCUUUAUCAUGUUACUUCCGUUACAGUAAGCACUGAACACCUAUGUUGAGCUAUCAACUCUUUUUAAAACAAUCCUUUGCUAUUCUGUCAGUGGGAGAAGCUUGAUUUAUUUCAGAUAGUCAACCUUUCUUUCCACCUUUCCCUCUCUGUCCCUCCAUCUCUCCCUGUGCAGAUCAUUAAACAUGGACUGUGAGAACCAGGAGAAAGAUAAGGAUGGUAACCCAGUCCCAAAUGGGGCCUUCAACAAUGGCAACACAAACAACAGUGAGUCUCACAUAUUUGGUGAGACAUAAGACAUACAGAGCGUGUGUUUUUCUUUUCUGUUUACAAGUUGGAAGUCGUCAUACCAUGGAUUCCAUAUAUUUAGUGGUUGGUUUGUUUGCUGUUACCAAGGCUAUAGAUGCAGCACAUGCAGAAAUGUGUAUGCCUGUGUCUCUGCCUAUAUGUGUGUGAUAGUGAUUGUGUGUGUCUAUCUCUGUGUGUUUGAGCAUUCUCACUUGUGCAUGUAUUGUGUUGUCUUGCAGGUAUUCAGACCAUAGACUCCACGCAGGCUCUGUUCCUGCCCAUAGGAGCCUCCGUGUCUCUGCUCGUCAUGUUCUUCUUCUUCGACUCUGUCCAGGUGGUUUUCACCAUUUGCACCGCAGGUACCUGACCCGUCACACACACACACACACACACACACACACACACGCGCCAUAAUGUCCCAGAGCAAUUUCUUGUCUAAAGGCAAGCAGACAUGAAUUUAGUUGUUUCCUUAGAGCAUGAUAUAUUAGUCGUGCAGUUAGGCAAAAUGCAGAUCAUCAUGCAUUGAUUUGAAAAAAACAUUUUCUCUGCAUAAUGCUUAUGGGUGAGAUGAUAAUGACUAUGACUCUGUUAAACUGACUGGAAACCAAUGGACUGAAACUGUCUGGUUUCGAUUACUUUGUGUCUCGUUCACUUAUCUAACUCCCUCUUUUUUUAUUCCUCCUCAGUUCUUGCGACAAUUGCAUUUGCAUUCCUCCUGUUGCCAAUGUGCCAGUACUUGACCAGACCCUGCUCCCCACAAAACAAGUAAGGGAGUUUAUUUGUCCAUCUCUCUCUCUCCUGCUCUAUUUCUCUCUCUCUCUCACUCACUCACUCACUCACUCACUCACUCACUCACUCACUCACUCACUCACUCACUCUCACAAAUAAAUGCCAUGUGAAUCGGUGUAUACAUAUUGGUCUGUGAGCACUUUUGCACCAACAAUAGCAAAAUACCAAUAAUGGUUCCGCAGCAUAUGCUAAUGAGCCUCUUCACUCCAGAGACACAACUGAUUCACUGACUUCCGUCCUCAGGCUCAUCAAUAGGAUGUUAGAGAUGCAUAGUAUCAUGUUGGUCCACAUGUCAAACUGAGAGACUACCAUAGCCAACUAUCCAAUAAUGUCACAACUCUUUUUAAUUCCCCUUUUUUGUUUGACUGUGUGAAGCAUCUGGCCUUUAUCUGAAUUCUUAACCUAGACCCCCUUGUGUGUUGAACACAUUUUGAGUCAAUUUCUUCUGUAUCUACACAUUUGACCCCGUACAUAUCGACUUGCGUUUAGAGAAGAUCAUGUAUUUUCCAGUGAAGAGAUUGUGUUUUGUCCAGUGUGUAUAAACCAUCUCUCUCCCUCUCCUCCCCCCUGUAGGAUCUCGUUUGGCUGCUGUGGGCGCUUCACUCUGGCCGAGCUCCUCGCCUUCUCCCUCUCUGUCAUGCUGGUGCUGAUCUGGGUGCUGACUGGACACUGGCUGCUCAUGGACGGUAUGUCAGUGUGUCAUGACUGCCUUUUGUACGUGUGUGUGUGUGUGGGGGGUGUAAACGGCGCGUGUCAGAUUAUUGGUUUUUCCAUACGUCUUGCCGUUGCCUUUCUUUAGUUUCUCUAUCUCAGCUCGUGUGUCUCACUCUCCAAGCUCCAUUAAAUGUGUUUUUGAGCUGCAUGUGUUCAUAUUAGAGGUCUUCAUGGGUCCAACGGGCCCAGGUCCUAAAUUCUGACUGGGUUGGGUCUGAUAUAAUUGCCACGUGUCUUGAGUAUGUGCAAUUAAAAUUGAUUCACCGACUGGACCUGAUUGGACCUGUCCUCUGUUAAUUUAGUGUUGGUGUGAUGAGAACUGCGCAACCUUGUUAUCUGAGUCAGCUAAUUGCAACUCAAUAAAACUUCUAGCUUAUGUCCAGCUGAAACUGGUUCCGGCUGCUCAUCUCACGUGCGCCUGCUGCUGAGAAGGUGAGAGAGAGUGAGUAAAAUGAGCCUUACGCUUCGAUCACACCGACUGCAUCAUUGCGUUUUGGUACACCAGAAGUACAUUCAUUUCCUUUUUAAAUUUUAUAUAUAUUAUUAUUUUUUUUAGCCUUUUUUUCCUUGCAGCAUUGCAUUGCAGAGGCAGUUGCAGUGUGUUCUGUGUGGUGCAUACGUUGGAUUUAUCGAACGUAUGUGUCAAACUGUAUGCGUAAACGGGUUGACAGAUGGUAGCAGAAGGUGAAUGUUGAACUUUUGUUGCACACACAUCUAGAUGAUGCUGCGUACUAUUUUGCGCAAUGACGCAGUUGGUGUGUUCAAAGCGUCAGUCUAGGCUACUGUUGAUUGCGAAGAUGGAGUAAAAACGAAAGUUAAGAGGAGGAAGGGUAUAGUGAAAAGAAGCCGACAGGGGGAAUGUCCUCGGGGACCAGUUUUAAUAUUGUAGUGGACAAAGAUGCGAAGAACGUUGGCGUGGCCAAAUGGACUGUGUGCUAUUUAGGUUUGAUGCAAUUUUCUACCUUUCAUUUAUUUAUUUUCGUAUUCUAUCAAUUGUGUAGUUAUUAUUAUUAUUAUUAUUAUUAUUAUUAUUAUUAUUAUUAAUCAGUAUUAUUAUAGGCCUAUUAAUAAUUGAAACCAGUUCUUUAAAUAGCUUAUGCAAAAAGUGUUAUGUUUUAUUUUAUUGAGACAUUUUUGUUGGCUAAAUUAAGUUAUUUUUAAUGUUGUGCUCCGUAUUUAGUUUAAGGCUAAAUGACAAAAAUGUAAAUGUUAAAAGUAGCCCUAUUGUAAAAUAAAUAGCAUUAACCUAUUGCUGUCAUUUGUUGGGUAGGACUACGGUAGGCAAUCACCUUUGUUGGUAAUAGCUGCUUUAGGCCUAGCCUGUUCAAAACUUUUUUGAAUGUUUCAUUCUCUUGAGCCAUUUCUGUUGGCCAAAUGAAGUUCCAGCUGCAAUGUAGUGGUAUUACUGGUAGGCCUACUAUGCUACUCGCACUCAAACCAUGAAAAAUAAAAACCAAAGAGGGCAAGAUGCGAAACUUAAUUUAAUGCCGCAAUAUGAUAACCUGUUUGUAUUUUUCUUAUAAAUGACUUUACUUACUUUUGAUAUUACCCUAAUAAAGUUAAGCAACUUUUGUGAAGGUUUGGUGUGGAAUGGCUAUUAUUAGGCUUAGCUACUGCAGGCCUAUGAAGGCAGUGCGCACCAGCACUCCGACAGUUGAACUUAAGGUGAGGAAGACUGUUUUAGGCUUACCAGAGUUGCUCCAUAACAAUAUAAUGCUUAUCGUUCUAAAAAUUAUUCUGAUAGAAAUGUUACGAAUUAGCCUCCUUCUGUACGCCUAUAUCUGUAUAGCCGUAGUGGCCUAUCUGACAAAUAUAAAGAAAUCCAUGUCGCGAACAUGGUGCCGGCAUAUCUCAAUUUUUCGCUAGGUCUAAGCUUGUCUCCCUUAAUAUAUAUAUUUUUAAAUAUGAAUAUCAUACAUUGGACGUAUAGGCCUAUAUGCAUGCAAUGCCUUGAUGCAUUUAGCACUUUAACCUCCGACAGCUGAACCUGAGGUAGACAAUUUUGUUUUGGGGAAGUAAAAACCAAUAAAACAAUAGACUAAAGUUUUGAAUAUGCUACACAUCGAAACACAACAAAUAGUUUUUUUUGUAAUUUGUUAUAGGCAGUUGUUAAGGGCACGUAACUGUGGAUAAUUUGGCCAAUAUCGCUUUUUUGAAGAUGCCGCUGGCAGCAGUGGUGUAAAGUACUUAAGUAGUUUUUUUUGGGUAUCUGUACUUUACUAUUUAUAUUUUUGACUACUUUUACUUCACUACAGUCAUAAAGAAAAUAAUGUACUUUUUACUCCAUACAUUUUCCCUGACACCCAAAAGUACUCGUUACAUUUUGAAUGCAUAGCAGGACAGAAAUUGUCAAAUUCACACACUUAUCAAGAGCACAUCCCUGGUCAUCUCUACUACCUCUGAUCUGGCGGACUCACUAAACACAAAUGCUUUGUUUCUGAAUGAUGUCUGAGGGUUGGAGUGUGGCCCCUGGCUAUUCGCAAAUUUAAAAAACACGAACAAUUGUGCCAACUGGUUUGCAUAAUAUAAGGAAUUUGAAAUGAUUUAUACUUUUACUUUUGAUACUAAAGUACAUUUUUGCAAUUACAUUUACUUUUGAUACUUAAGUAUAUUUAAAACCAAAUACUUUUAGACUUUUACUCAAGUAGUAUUUUACUGGGUGACUUUCACUUACUUGAGUCAUUUCCUAUUAAGGUAUAUUUUACUCAAGUAUGACAAUUGGGUACUUUUUCCACCACUGGCUGGCAGCGCCCAGUUGGAGUUUUCUUUCUCGCUCUACUUUCGGAUCUGAACAGGUCUCUGAGCCAAACCAGCACGGGUCUGUUUGGGUCUGUUUUCAACGGCCCUUUUCGGAAUGGGUCUGACUGUCCUUGGGUCCAUUGGGAACGGUCUCCCUUUAAAACAUUUUUUAUUUCUGCAUAUUCGGUCGGGUGGGAAAGCCACAGAUCCAUUUCGGAACGGGUCCAAGUUUUUGGACCCUUGAAGACCUCUAGUUCAUAUGUCUGAUUCCUCUCUCUCCCAUCACUGUGUGUGUGUGCAUCUCUCGCGCACUCUCUGAGCAUCGUGUGUGUGUUCAUAAAGGUUUGGUUCCUCUGUCUCUCUCAGAUCUGUGUGCGUACGCAUUUCUUUCCCUCUCUCCCCCUCCCUCCAUGUGUGUGUUCGUAUGUCUGAUAUUCCUCUGUCUCUCUCUCCUCAGCUCUAGCCAUGGGGCUGUGUGUGGCCAUGAUAGCGUUUGUGCGGCUGCCGAGUCUAAAGGUGUCUUGCCUGCUGCUGUCAGGGCUGCUCAUCUAUGACGUGUUCUGGGUAAGAGAGCCGCUCCCCUCCCUUCACCCCACCGCCACCCAGUUGACCCAAAUACGACCGCUAAAACACAGGCAGGGCCAUGAGUAAUCCGGCCCGCAAGGGGGUCCAAGCCAAUCCAAAUUCCAAAACACUAUAAUGGAAAAUGAAGUGGGGAGCUGUCAAUGUUUUGACCCCUAGUUGCACCACACUUUCCCAAUCCAUCUUGCUGUUCAAUGUGUAAAUGUAUGUUUUUUAAAACUGUAGUGCUUUGUGUUUGUUGUAAAUGUGUCUGCAACUUUGUGUGCUAUUUUGGCCAGGUUUCUCUUGUAAAAUAGGUUGUUAAUUUCAAUGAGACUAACCUGGUAAAGUAUAAUUCAAAAUAAAACUAUAGAUAGAGGACUAUUUUUAGCAUGUUUUGACGGCGAGGAAAUGUAUAUUAAAAAAUUUUUUUGUGUGUGGCAACCCCAAUCCCCAAAAGCGGCCCCCGGGGCAAAAUGAGUUUGACACCCCUGCUGUAGACAAUGUCAAAGUGGCUUACUGUAUGUGCGAAGACAAGGUACAGAGUUCCACUGUUCCAGAUAUCUUAGGUUAAUUAAGGUUGACAGAGCAGAACAAGGGAUAGAGCAGAAUGGCAUAGACUGACAUUUCCAUGCUAACAGGACAGUAGACGUUUCUGGUUAUCUCCAAUGUACACUAUGGUAGAGCCUAAAAGGCCAUCUCUGUUCUUCGAUAACAUUUGUCGUGCUUAAACGACGUGUAAGACAGAACUACAAACAGUGGCUAUUUCUUAGGAUUGCUUGAGCCUCAGUAGAUGACUCCUCCAUCUGUGUCUGUCCUGCAGGUGUUCUUCUCGGCCUACAUCUUCAACAGCAACGUGAUGGUGAAGGUGGCCACCCAGCCGGCUGACAACCCCUUAGACGUGCUGUCCAGGAAGCUCCACCUGGGCCCUGGGAUGGGCCGUGACGUCCCACGCUUGUCGCUGCCUGGCAAGCUGGUUUUCCCCAGGUACCAUAGACUGACCUUGGGGGGUGGAUCGCUGGACCUAUGUGUAAACCUCCAGCUCCAUUCACUAGAGCUGUAUUGAUUAACCUCUGCCGGUGUUAUAAGCGCUGAAACUCGCGCUUGUAUUUCCUCUUCUCUUGCCUUUUCCCACCCUGCCUCGCUCUCCUGCUUUAUUCCCUCCUGCUAUGAUACAACCCACGAUUCAUCUCCUUAUUAUUCCCUCUCCUCUUCCUCCUCUCUUUGCAUCCUCCCCCCCCUCUUCUUUUCUCCCUAUAUUUCAUCCACCUCUCCCCUCCCGUCCUUUUUCCUUAUCUCAUCCCUCUCUCCUCUCUCCCUCCAGUUCCACAGGCAGUCACUUCUCCAUGCUGGGGAUCGGGGACAUAGUGAUGCCGGGGCUACUGCUGUGCUUCGUGCUGCGCUACGACAACUACAAGAAGCAGGCCAACGGGGAGGCGGGGAGUCCAGGCACGCCGGGACGCAUGGGGCGCGUCUCCUACUUCCACUGCACUCUCAUCGGAUACUUUGUGGGUAAGAACAGAGUGGAGAAGCGAGAGCGGCAGGCUGGACCAUCAUGCAACACAGGGCUGCCCAACCCGGUUUUCGCUCCAACCCGAGUAGUAACUAGGGCUGGGCGGUAUACUGCAUUUUACUAUAUACCGGUAUUAAUGCAUGGACCGGUUAGUUUUUUUACUUAACCUUCUAUAAUGGUAUUUCAAUGUUUGGUUUGUUAAAUGUGAUACGCAACACCGACGAGUGUAAUGUCCAUUUUUAUAGUUUACUCGUCUGUGUCCCUGGCUUCCUGCAUGCCGCUUGGAGAAUGGAGUGGAGAUGGAGAUUGCCUCAUUUGAAAUCACUUAUCAUUUUAGUUGCCACCCUAGGGUCCUGAACUAUUCAUAUUUAUAACCUAAGCAUAUUUUGAACUUUAUUAUUCAAAACAUCAAAUGUGAAAAAUAUUGUGAUAUGAGAUUUAGGCCAUAUCCCCAGCCCUAGUAGUAACUAACCUGAUUCAUCUCAUCAACCAGUUAAUUAUUAGAAUCAGGUGUGUUAUAUAACCUACAGGACAGUAGCUCUCCAGGAACAUGGUUGGGCUGCCCUGAUGUAACACAACCACUGGUUUGGAGAUGAUAUAGCCUAAUACAGAAGUAUGUCUGUUCUACGAAAUACACUGAGUGUACAAAACACUAGGAACACCCACUCUUUCCAUGGCAUAGACCGACCAGGUAAAUCCGGGUGAAAGCUAUGAUCCCUUAUUGAUGUCACCUGUUAAAUCCACUUAAAUCAGUGUAGAUGAAGGGGAGGAGACGGGUUAAAGAAGGAUUUUUAAGCCUUGAGACAAUUGAGACAUGGAUUGUGUAUGUGUGCCAUUCAGAGGGUGAAUAGGCAAGACAAAAUAUUUAAGUGCCUUUGAAUGGGGUAUGGUAGUAGGUGCCAGGCGCACCGGUUUGAGUGUGUCAAGAACUGCGACGCUGCUGGGUUUUUCACGCUCAACACUUUCCCGUGUGUCAAAAAGAAAGGAGGACCAAGGCACUCUUCAUAUAAUUCAUUAAAAUGCCUUUAUUAGUAUGGCAUGUUCAAUAGAAACAAGAUAUUUUUUUUUAAUCUUACGCGUUUCGGCUGCAUGGCCUUCGUCAGGGAGUACAAAGAAAUAAUACAAUGUCCUCUUUUGAACAGCUUUUCCAAUUAGCCCUAAUUUGAAGAGGGAGUGGUUACAAAGUUGAUUGGACACACCUAGUAAGCAAUACUAUACACAAUAAAAAGUUAAAUACUGUAACUAUGUUAUCAUACAAAUACAACUCCAAGUUAGAAGUAUCAGAACACUUAGAAAGGUAGUUCUAACCUUAAAGACAAGCGUGGGACGUCACGGCCCAUCCCAGGGCCCAGGUGGAGCUUCCUGGACAGCACGUCUAAGGGGUUGUCAGCCGGCUGGGUGGCCACCUUCACCAUCACGUUGCUGUUGAAGAUGUAGGCCGAGAAGAACACCUGCAGGACAGACACAGAUGGAGGAGUCAUCUACUGAGGCUCAAGCAAUCCUAAGACUGUUGUUGUUCAUGUUUUGCUGGUUUCUAGUGUACUAUGGAAUAUAUUGCUUUCUUAUUUUUGACACUUUUCCCAGUCAUAUUUAAGGUUAGAACUACCUUUCUAAGUGUUCUGAUACUUCUGACUUGGAGUUGUAUUUGUAUGAUAACAUAUUUACAGUAUUUCACUUUUUAAUGUGUAUAGUAUUGCUUACUAGGUGUGUCCAAUCAACUUUGUAACCACUCCCUCUUCAAAUUAGGGCUAAUUGGAAAAGCUGUUCAAAAGAGGACAUUGUAUUAUUUCUUUGUUACUCCCUGACGAAGGCCAUGCAGCCGAAACGCGUCAGAUUUUUUAAAAAUCUUGUUUCUAUUGAACAUGCCAUAGUAAUAAAGGCAUUUUAAUUAAUUAUAUGAAGAGUGCCUUGGUCCUUUCUUUUUGAUGACCAAUUCACCCCUUUGACCAAAGAACACCUUCUGUCUACCAACAUUUACUAUUGUGUACCUUAGUAGCGCUUCCUUUCCUCCUCUUUCUACUUUCACGUGUGUAUCAAGAAUGGUCCACCACCCAAAAGACAUCCAGCCAGUGGUCGAAAACGGGUCAUUGAUGAGAGGACAGAGGAGGCUGACACGAAUUGUGCAGAGCAACAGACGGGCUAGAAUUAUUCAACUGACAGUUCAGUACAACAUUGGUGCCCAAAGACCCAUAAAGGAAUGCACAACUCGUCGUACUUUGAAACAAAUGGGGUAUGGCAACCGACGACCUUACGGAGUUCCACUUCUUUCAGCAAAAAACAAGAAGCUACGUUUGCAGUGGGCAUAGGAAGGAAAACACUGGAGAAGGGGUAUCAAAUUUAAGUUGUCACAUGCGCUGUAUAUAACAGGUGUAGACCUAACCGUGAAGUGCAUACUUACGAGCCCUUAACCAACAAUGCAGUUAUUAUUUUAAGAUUAGCUAAAUAAAAUAAAGGAACAAUUUUACCACAAUAAAAUGACAAUAACAAGGCUAUAUAUUAGAGGUACUGGUACCGAGUCAAUGUAAAGCUGACGAUGCGUAGAUAAUAGAGUAGCAGCAGCGUGUGUGUGGUCAAUAUGCAUGUGUGUGAUGGUGUCAGUGUGUGAUUAGCCCAGUGAGUGUAUCGAGCCUGUGCAAGAGUCAGUGCAAAAAUAAUAAUCAAAUAAGGAGGUCAAUGCAAAUAGUCCGUGUAGCCAUUUGAUUAACUGUUCAGCAGUCUUAUGGCUUGUGGGGUAGAAGCUGUUAAGGAGCCUUUUGGUCCCAGGCUCUCCAGGACUGAUUGCCGUGCGGUAGCAGAGACAACAGUAUAUGACUUGGGUGGCUGGAGUCUUUGACUAUUUUUAGGGCCUUCCUCUGACACCGCAUGGUAUAGAGGUCCUGGAUGGCAGGACGCUCAGCCCCAGUGAUGUACUGGGCCGUACACUACCCUCUGUUCCCAUACCAAGCAGGGGUGCAAGCAGUCAGGAUGCUCUCGAUGGUGCAGCUGUAGAACUUUUUGAGGAUCUGAGGUCCCAUGCCAAAUCUUUUCAGCCUCCUGAGGAAUAGGCGUUUUCGUGCCCUCUUCACAACUGUUUUGGUGUGUUUGGACCAUGAUAGCUCCUUAGUGAUGUGGACACCAAGGAACUUGAAGCUCUCGACCUGCUCUACUACAGCCCUGUCGAUGUGAAUGGGGGCGUGGUCGCCUUUUCCUGUAGUCCACGAUCAGCUCUUUUGUCUUGCUCACGUUGAGGGAGAGGUUGUUGUCCUGGCACCACACUGCCAGGUGUCUAACCUCCUCCCUAUUGGUUCUCUCGUCGUCGGUGAUCAGGGCUACCGCUGUCGUGUCGUCGGCAAACUUAAUGAUGGUGUUGGAGUCGUGGAGACUAAGCACUCACUCCUGAGGGGCCCCCGUGUUGAGGGUCAGCGUGGCGGAUGUGUUACCUACCCUCACCACCUGGGGGCAGCCCAUCAGGAAGUCCAAGAUCCAGUUGCAGAGGGAGGUGUUCAGUCCCAGGGUCCUUAGCUUAGUGAUGAGCUUGGGCACUAUGGUGUUGAACGCUGAGCUGUAGUCAACGAACAGCAUUCUCACGUAGGUGUUAUUUUUGUCCAGGUGGGAAAGGGCAGUGUGGAGUGACCAGCCUUUCAAAGCAUUUCAUGGCUACGGAGCGGUAGUCAUUUAGGUAUGUUACCUUGGCAUUCUUGGCCCAGGGACUAUGGUGGUCUGCUUGAAACAUGUAGUUAUUACAGACUGGGUCAGGAAGAGGUUGAAAAUGUCAGUGAAGACACUUGCCAGCUGGUCAGCGAAUGCUCUGAGUAGGAGUCCUGGUAGUCCGUCUGGCCCUGCGGCCUUGUGAGUGUUAACCAGUUUAACGGUCUUACUCGCAUAGGCUAUGGAGAGCGUGGUCACUCAGUCGUCUGGAACAGAUGGUGCUCUCAUGCAUGGUUCACUGUUGCUUGCCUCGAUGCAAGCAUAAGGCAUUUAGCUCUUCUGGUAGGCUCCCGUCACUGGGCAGUUAGGUUUCCCUUUGUAAUCCGUGAUAGUUUGUAUGGUAUGGAGAACCACAUGAGUACAUGUAUCCAUCAUGCCGCGUGUCGACACUGCAGGCUGGUGGUGAUGGUGUGGGGUGUGUUUUCAUGGCACACAUUGGGCCCCUUGAUAAAAGUGGAGCAACGUUUGAAUGCCACAGGAUAUCGGAACAACAUUGCUAAUCAGAUGCAUUGAUGAAAAUGUAUGCACUCACUAACUGUAAGUCGCUCUGGAUAAGAGCGUCUGCUAAAUGACUAAAAUGUAAUGGCAGCAGUGUAUCCAUCUGCGAAUAGAUUUUUUUCAGCAUAAUGCUCCAUGCCACAAGGUUAGGAUUGUCCAGGAAUGGUUCCACGAACAUGACAUUGAAUUCAGUUUACUGCAGUGGCCUGCCCGGUCACCAGAUCUUAAUCCAAUUUAGCAUCUGUGGGAUGAGAGCAAUUGAGCCAUGCCCUGAAGAUUUCGAGGCAGUUCUGAAGGCAAAAGGGGUGCAACUCAAUAUUAGGAAAGUGUUCCUAAUGUUUUGUACACACAGGCCAGAGGGGGUGUGGUAUAUGUCCAAUAUACCACGGCUAAGGAAACAGCCGUUAGCUGUGGUAUAUUGGAAAUAUACCACAACCACCUGAGGUGCCUUAUUGCUAUUAGAAAUUGGUUACCAACGUAAUUAGAGCAGUAAAAAUAAAUGUUUUUCAUACCAGUGGUAUAUUGUCUGAUAUAGCACGGCUUUCAGCCAAUCACCAUUCAGGGCUCGAACCACCCAGUUUAUUAUCCCAAAUAAAUGAAAUCUCAUUUAUUUAAUUUUUUUGUUAAGCUGUGUGCACUGAACUGACAUGCAUGAUUGUUGCUGACACUCAGAUGUUCAGAUUAAGGGAAUUAAAUAGUAUAUCAUGCGCACCAUCGCGGCACUCAACUCAAACAGCCUACUGUAGCUGCUGUCAGUCAUUCAAAGCCUAUACUUUAUCAUUCAGGUGUGGAUGCAACUUUCCAGUGCUACUACUUUUACCAUGUAAUGUUGUUACUAGAACAAAAUCAGGCAACACCAUAGAAUAGUUUACCUAUUUACCUAGUCGGCUUGUUGUGUGUUCUAUGCAAGAUAAAUAUUCCUCUCAAGGCGCAUUCAAGUUGCAAGAGUCAUAGGGAGGGAGACAUGUAUUCUGACAAGCAGUCAAUGCACAACAAUACUUACUGCAAAAAUACUUUUGAACACUGUUUUGGCCUUUAGUAAAAAAGAGGGGGGUCCCAAUUUUCCAUUGCUACCACUAUUUCUUAAUUACUCCUUCAAUAUUAUUAGACUUUCAAUUGCACGAGUGGCAUCGUUUUACAAAUGCAGUUCCAACCAGCGUUUCAAGCAUGGUUUAGGAGCAGCUGCGCAACAGUAGUGAUGAGUCGUUCGCGAAUGAUUGGCUCUUUUUGAACGGCUCUUUAUGGUGAACGUCGGGAACCGAAUCGCAUAUGUGAGAGACAUGUUCAUUUGGCUCCUUGAUUUGCAUACUGUUUCUAUUGCUUUUUGGCCUCCAUACAUCAAUUAUCUGCAGAUAAAUUAUAAAAACAUUCUCUGAAGAUGGUAAUUCCUCAGUGCAGGAACAAUAUAGUGAGGAGAGAGCCUCAUUCUAGUCCACGCUAUUUUUUUUCAGUGCGUACAUUCUUUUUUAUUUUUUCGCAGGCUGUCUAAUAAUUUGGUCAGAUAAAAAUGUAUCUAAACUCACAUUUCACCAUCUGACGUGGUAGGCAAUAUUUUAGGCUUUAAAAUACUUUUUUUUUUUCAUGGUUUUAGGUCAAUUUCUAAGCAUUACUGAACGAAGAGCCGUUUGGGAGCCAAACGUACGGCUCUUUUAGGUGAACGGAGCCAAAUGAUCCAGCUCACAGAAAAGACUCAGAAUGCCCAUCGCUACGCUACACGGCUCAAAGGGGGCAAUGGAGUCUUAAAAGGGCAAUGACAUGCUUUGUAAUAAAAAAAACUAUUAUUUAGUAAUUAUUUAUAUGUAUUUAUAAUAAAAUAAUUAAUAAUAAUAAUAAUAAUAACAACAACAAUCAGGAUUGACAAACCCCAUGCUUCAGCCUAUGUACAAUUUUGUAGCCACUAUGCUUCAUCGGUUGGGCUACAGGUGAGGAUGCUUAUUGCUAAUAGCACAUCUGACAAUAGACCACGCCUCAUUCAACUCAUUGAAGGCUUGAUGAUUAGUUGACAAGUUGAAUCAGGUGUGGUUUCCAGGAUUACAAUACAAAUGUGUACUGUUGGGGGUACUCGAGGACCAGGGUUGGGAAACACUGGGCUAUAUGCAUGGUCCAAUAUGUUACAAUUAUUUUGACUACAUUUUUUACCAGUAUGUUUUGGGGCUUUUAAGAGGUCACCAGAACUGGGCUCCUCAGUCCUUCGAUAUAAAAAAUUAUCCCGUGGAGGCCCCCGGACCCCCUAAGCAAGGUGACUGGAAUUGGCCGUACACGCAGUUUAAUACAUGUACAAAAUGACCCUCUUUCCCAUAAAACAUAAUGGUCAUGACUUUCUUGCAUUAAAGGGGAGGUGAACUUUUUUUUGCUUUAACCCCUGGAAGUUUGACUGGAGUGUUUCUGACCUGUCUCUGUUCCCUCCAGGCCUGCUGACUGCCACUGUGGCCUCCAGGAUCCACCGUGCGGCUCAGCCUGCCCUGCUCUACUUGGUGCCCUUCACCCUGCUGCCUCUACUCACCAUGGCCUACCUGAAGGUACAUAUGGGGAGGCUUGAUAAGGGGGAGAGGGGCGUGAUGGGCUGGGAGAUAAUAUGAUGGAGUCAGUCAUAUAAGUAAGUUAAGAGAUCAGACAAAACAGCAGGACUGCUGGGGAAUCAUUUUAUAUGACUCAAGUGUUUGGUGUAAAUGUGUUUUGACUGAAUGCUGACCUAGAGGGAGGGAGACGGGCCUGAGAUGAACCGAUAGAGGCAGUGUUUAAGUGGUAGAGGAGGCCUAGAGGAGUAAUCCAGGAUCAAGGCAGAUGGGAUACCAGGCCAGUGACCAGAGGUAAUGGAUGAGGACAUAAGUUGAUGUAGAGGAUAUUAUUGGGGACGUCAAACGUUCAGCCUGCUGCACAGACACUAUGGAGGCUCUAGUCUAGAGGGCCCGGUUAAAUUGUGUUUUAAUGGUUAAAUUAGUGAUAAAUAGAUGUCAUUGUUGCAGUAUUUUGUUAGUGGGCAACAUAAUAUCAUCGUAAAUUGACAUCUAUAAUUAUUUUGCCAUAUUCAAUUAUUGUAUAUUGUGCUAAUUUCCCUAAUGUGGACAGUUUGUUACUACCUUACACACGCUGCAUUUUCACCCCAUAACAUUUAGUGGAAUUACACAUCCUUUUUACCUCAGAUUGGUGACGUUAGUUUAAAAGUUUAUAGUCGUCACAAUGACAUAAGAUUGAUUGCUAAAAACAGAUCAACAUCUUUGGUUUUGUACCAUUGAUUUAGUCACACAUGCUGGGAUGUGCAGGACUUAGAACGCAGAGUUAAUGAAAUGGCCAGGAAAUGGCAUGGAAAAUUCGGGGCGGUCUCUAUAAAAGUCGCUGACCACACACCAAUACAUGGAUUUGACAGUCAAACUAUUACUUAAAUAGAAGCCAACCGUUGUGACUGUUGAUGUCUUAUUCGUUUAAGUUAACUAACAGAAAAAGUGGUCUGUUCCCUUUUUCUGGUUGGCAGCCUCCCGAAAUCAAUAUCCACCAUUCCAAAAUAUAGAUAUAAGCUUUCUACAAGUUCUCAUCUAACCAACCAUGUAUAGGUUAUUCCAAGUUUCCGUGUGGCCUUUGAAUACUGUUAUUUUAAACAGCGCUACACCCCAAACAUUUGCCCCCUGUUCUAUUGAUUUCAGCGUGAUAUCGAUGGAAGUGAUUAACAAAAAAAGUGUUGUUACACUUAGCGGGUUGGCGUCCCACUUCAAUGAAAAUGCAACCUUUGUGGUUUUGGUAAUCAGUGUCAGCUGCGAUCUCAUCGUCAAAACUAAGACCAUCGCCGAAACAAUGACGGUUCUGCCAAGUUAUUUGAGGAAUGAAGCAGAGGAAGGCUCCACACAACUCUCUCAGUUGGGUAUCUUACCUAGUUAUUUUCAGAUCUCAUUUUGCUUUUUUGUAGCUUUGGCAACUGUGUGUUUUCUAUCCCAGUUCGGUCCUCUCCCUGGGGGAGGCUGCAAGCCUUCUAAUUUAGUGUACCCUGCGCGCACAACCCAUGUGGAAUUCCUGGUCUCUGGCAGAGUUUGGAACUGCCAAUCGGCGGUCAAGAACGCAGUUCAUCUCAGCCUAUGCUGUCCUUCAGUCCCUAGACUUUUUGGCCCUGACGGAGACAUGGAUCACCCCAGAGAACUACUACUCCAGCUGCUCUCUCUUCAUCUGACUACGUUUUCUCUCAUAGUCGGAGAGCAUCUGGUCGUCACGGUGGUGGCACAGACCUACUCAAGUGGAGAUUUUCUCUUUUCACCCUCACUCACCUGUAUCUCCUCAUUUGAAUUAUAUACUGUCACUUGUCCACUCAAGCUCAACAUGGUUGUCAUCUAUCGCCAACCAGGUGCCCUUGGAGAGUUCCUUAAUGAGUUUGACAACUUGAUAAGCUAAUUUCCUGACGAUGGCUCAUUGCUCUUCAUACUGGGUGACUUCAACAUCCUGACGUCGGCCUUCGAUUAAUUUCUUUCCAACUCUUUCUUUCCCCUCCUUGCCUCUUUUGACCUCAUCCUUUCCCAGUCCCCUCCCACUCACAAGGCAGGCAAUACUAGAGGCUGUUCGCCUACUAAUCUCACAGCAACACCUCCAGGUCUCUGAUCACUACUUUGUUUCCUUUUCUGUCUCCCUCUCCUCCAAUCCUAGGCACUCAGCCCCUCUUGGAUUGCACCCUACCUGGCAGGCCCCUCCUACCAGGUGACGUGGAGAGAUCUGUGUCUGCACCACGUGCUAUCACUUCUGGUGUCCCCCAGGGCUCAGUUCUAGGCCCUCUUCUCUCUAUACACCAAGUCACUUGGCUCUGUCAUAGCCUCAGAUGGUCUCGCCUAUCAUUACUAUGCGGAUGACACUCAACUACUUUUCUCCUUCCCCCCCUUCUGACACCCAGGUGUGUGCCUGGCAGAUAUCUCAGCUUAGAUGUUGGCCCACCACCUCAAGCUCAACCUCGACAAGACUGAGCUGCUCUUCCUCCCGGGGAAGGACUGCCCACUCCAAGACCUCCAUCACGGUUGACAACUCCCCUGGACAACACCCUGUCGUUCUCUGAAAACAUCAAAGCAGUGACUCACUCCUGCAGGUUAAUGCUCUACAACCUCCGUAGAGUAUGACCCUACCUCACACAUGAAGUGGCGCAGAUCCUAAUCCAGGUACUUGUCAUCUCCCGUCUGGACUACUGCAACUCGCUGUUGGUUAGGCUCCCCACUUGUGCCAUCAAACCCCUACAACUUAUCCAGAACGCUGUAGCAUGCCUGGUGUUCAACCUUCCCAAAUUAUCCUGUGUCACCCAGCUCCGCCACACACUCCACUGGCUUCCAGUCAAAGCUCACAUCCACUACAAGACCAUGGUACUUGCCUACAGAGCAGCAAGAGGAACUGCCCCUCCCAACCUUCAGGCUCUGCUCAAACCCUACACCUCAACCUGAGUACUCUGUUCUGCCACCUCUGGUCUCUUGGCCCUCCCACCCCUACGGGAGGGCAGCUCCCGCUCAGCCCAGUCCAAGCUCUUCUCUGUCUUGGCAUCCCAAUGGUGGAACCAGCUUUCCCCUGAAGCUGGAACAGCAGAGACCCACCCAUCUGCCGAAAACAUCUUAAUCCCAACCUCUUCGAAAAGUAUCUUAAAUAAUCACACAGCACCCACCCUCGCACCCCCUUCUCAUUGUAAAUGGAAAAACACUUCAGAAUGUAGCUAUCUGUCUUCUACAAAUUUUCCUCUAGCCAGUGAUGUACACAUUAUCAUAUGGUUUUUGAGAUGUUAGUUUUAACAGGACGUGCAACCUCAUCUCCCCCCUCUCUCGCAGUUGAUUUCAACGUGAUGUCAAUAUAAGUGUUGCGUUUCUCUUUGCGCUUCGGCGACCCCAAAUCAAAAUGCAUCACUCCAAAAUGUAGCUGGCUGUCUUCUGAAGGUUGCUCACUAACUAGUGAUAUUUACAUUUUUUUCCUUUGGUUCUUUUAGUUAGUAUUCAAUCGGAUCCCCCCCCAGCAAUCGAUAUCAAUGAUUUAUUACCACAACAGGGUUUUUGGUGCACGUGCUGUUUUUAUAAGGUGCUCGUUUAAAAUAAAAUACAAGUAAUAUAAUUACAAUUAUUGCAAAUGUAUGUAUUGUAUAGAUUUUUAGGUUUUCAUAACUAACUGUUUCUGCAUAUUGGUUAUUGAUUUGGCCAUGUUAAAACUGUGUUUUGACAUUGGGCUAUUUAUCCAAAUGUCUUGUCAUUUCAAGUUUUAGGAAUAUAAAUUUAACUUUCAACAUUCAUUUCCAAUGGUAUUGUACUUAAUCAGGUAAAAACUGCUAAAUGAGUCCAAAAACAUGCUGCUAUUUGAUUUAUAUUUAUGAUAUACCAGAAAUCACUGAAACGGGUUUGCCCUGCCUAAUAUGUGGUAAGGAAUCCGCUAGGCUAGUUGGUAAAGGCAGUCUAACACGUGGUAUGCCUAGAGGAGUAAUAUCUGUGGCUGAGGAUAGGAGUGGUGUGAUAAUAAUUGAGCCACUAGUACUUACAGGGAAGCUAACCCUGUGGUGUGGCCUACAGGGAGACCUGCGGCGUAUGUGGUCAGAGCCUUUCCACACAAAGGCCAGCAGCUCCCGCUUCCUGGAGGUA